AUGGACGACGACAUGGCAAGCGACGUCAUCGAAAGUGUAGGCGACACGACCACGGCCCUUCAAGAAGUCGAAAAGUCCUACAGUGAAUGUAAAGAAACCGAAGAUCUCCCCAACGCUUUCUGCAAGGUGCUUCAACGGGUAGACCUUGUCAAACGUACCCUCCAAUAUUUUUCGAGUCAUGUUAGCGAGCAUGAGCACGACAAGGAAUUCUGGGAGGAAGCGAAGGCCAACAUGGAUCGCUGUGAGCAGCGAGCCAAGAACGUACAGGUCUUAUUUCGCAAAGUCGUGCCAGCAAGGAACAAAUCCAGACUAGAACGCUAUCGUGAGACUGCGAAAACUCUUGGUGGAAUCGAAGAGAACAAGGUGGAGACUCUGAUGGUAGGGUUGUUAGGCGACGUGAAAAGUUUGGCAGGAACGUGUGUGGUCGAGCUGGAGGGGCCAAUGGCUGAAGCUGUCGAAAACAUCCAAAUUGAGGAGCUCAGCAAGGAGCUCAGCAAGGCUAUCGAGGAACUAAUAGAUCUUCCACCAUCGUUGUCAGAGGUUGCGUCGGAGAAUUCAAUCAACAACUGGAGCCGUGGCACACAGAAUAUAAAUACCGGCCGUGGGACGCAGAACAACAACACUAGUAAUGGCCAGCAAUACAUCGGUCAAUCGCAGACUUUUGGACACAACCUGGACCAGUCUGCAAAGAAGUAG